AUGAAUGCACGCGCAAGUCAGUGGCGUCGCACAGGACGUGUGCCACGUUUCGAUGGCGACUCACGCCUGGUUCUUGAUGGUCGGGAACAGUGCGAAGAAGGAGCGAACGAUCAGGGCUACGCUCAAGUGAUUUUCCGAGACAAGUCUAUGGGUUCAGGGCCCAUGGCCAAUGGUGGCGCAUGGGCGUGUAUGUUUCAUGCGGCACAGACUGGCUCAAUAGCUUCUCGUGCGAUCUCGCAUGGCAUAAACGGAGCUGCUGCAUCAUCGACAACAGCGUUACUAUCUGUACAUGGUACAAGCUCGUCAUUGUCAAAGCAACGACCACAGACAUUUGCUUCAGACGCAUCAACGAGUGCUGACGGUCACGACAAGCAAGUCGCAUACAAGAAGUGUGACUCGCUCGAUGGUCCGCCUUCGUCAGAUGUGAUUGAUGGGGCAAAUAAAGCAAAGAUGCCGUGCAUUCGUACCUUGCCGCCAUUGUAUCUUCAACUAUUUGACAGUAGCCUUACCCCCGAGGAACGUGCACAAGUGUCAUCGUCGCUGAGCACUCAUUUGAUGGAGCUCGGCACGUCGAGAGAUGCAUCCAUUGCUGAUGUGCUUGCAGCACUCGAAGUUAGCUCGCAUGUGUCGCGCGCAUGUACCGAGGCACUGGCAACCCAUGUGGACUGCUCCGUUGCUCCCUAUGUCCAAGCUUAUGACUUGGAUCGGCUUGCGUGCAUUGUCGAUUCACUGACAGGUGCCCUGAGCUGGCACGUCAGUGCACACGGUGCACGAGGCACCGAGGUUCCAAUCUCGCUUGUGCAUGCACUUACUUGUGUACGGGACGCCGCUUUGCAUCGGUCAACUAAGCUCUCUGCUACCCGUUUCCACGUCGCAGCGACGGAGCUGCCGUCUAUUGUCCAUUCGUAUGCGGUAUGGCUCAAGGGUGGCAGUGAUCGAAAUCUUUGUGACAAGCCAUGGUUGCUAACUCUGGGCGCCAAGGCACAGAUCCUGGCGUGGGAGGCGCAGUGUGCUAUGCGACAGGCCUCCAAUGAGGCAUGGAUUAGCCCAACAUCUUCCACAUCAAUCAUGUCGUCACCCACGUCGGGUCUAUGGAGGGUGUCAGUCUCAAGAGCAUCAAUUGUGAACGAUUCGCUCGACGCAUUCGAGUCAGCUUCAUUCGCACAGCUGCAUCAACCGUUGCAUGUCCUGUUCCGCGACGAACUUGCGCAGGAUGCGGGUGGCCUCAAGAAAGAAUGGCUUCAGAUCCUAUGUGAUCAAUUGCAGCAGCAUCUCCCAUGGAUGGAUCUGGGCUCAAGCGAGCCAAGCAUGCGUGGCCUAGUAUUCUUUUCUGCCUCUUGCAAUGAAGAAGAGCUGCAGAGAGCCCAUCUCCUUGGCAUGGCUAUGGGUCUUGCCCUCUACCAUCAGGUCACAGUGCCAUUGCGUCUCGCACCUGCCGUGUACACGAUUCUACUAGCACUAUCACGUGGUGAGACUGCACCAUGUGAUCUCGCGACCCUUGCACAGGUGAAGCCGGAUCUUGCCGUCGGUCUGGAGCGUCUAUUGCAGGAAGAUCCAGCGAAUGUCGAGCAAAUGCACUUGACGUGGCAAGUCGAUGACGCCGCAGUCGGCCACGUGGACGAGGGCCGGGAACGCACAAGUGAUCUGUGUGUUGGUGGCAGCGCGCGGCUAGUCACGGCGGCGGAUCGUGAAGCGUACGUCCGCACGUUUGUGCUCUUUACACGCUGCUCGAGGCGGUGCAAAGGUCCGUUGGAGGCCUUGGUGCAUGGGUUCGCCAGGAUUGGUGUCCCCGGCGACUGGGCGCUCUCCGCUGUCGCUCCUUGCCCCGCACGAGCUCGAGAACUCUUUUGUGCGGGCGAAAUGAACGGACCCUUGAUACGUACUCGCUGCGCACCUAUACAGAGCAUGUCGGCUUUCCUGAACGCAACGCGCCUCAUGCUGAGCGUGUGUAUGCGAAUCUAG